UCGCAGCCACAAUAUAUAAUAACAUAUUCAUGUGUUGACGCAAACCUUCCCUCCUUUAUACCGUAUUCUCAUCAACUGUUUCGCACCUUGCGCCCUCGUUUCUCAAACUCUGCUAACUCUCCUUCUUCUUCAUCCGUUAUAGUUUGAAACCAUCACUGCGGCUAUCUAUUGUUCAUAUUCAUCCACACGCACUUGAUUCAAGCGAAGAUUGAAGAACAAGGUUCCGCAAGACAGGGCCUAGUGGAGAGAGAUUGAUUAACACUCGAGUGGAUUCAAAAACUAGAGAACAAGAUUACUCGUAUUAGUAGUAAUGGGAAAGGACUUGAUUUCUUCCGACCAAACUGUUCAAAUUCAGGACAAUAAUCCAGGAUGCAUGUGGGGCAUGCUUCAAAUUCUUGAUUAUCAUCGUUGGCGCGUAAAAAAGGUGUUUCCUAACAAAAGGAGAAGACAUGCCACAUAUAAGAGAAAAGCCAUUUUGUAUAACCAACAUGUAGACCAACAACAUGGAGUAACAGAAACAGAACACCUCCUGCUCGGACAACAUAGCGAAAAAUUGCGUUUUGCUGGCAAAAGUUCUUCCAAAAAUCGCAAAAAGGAAUCACACACUCAGAAAAAGUUUAACAACGAAAAUUAUGAAGGCAGUGGUACCAUGGACUACUCAAGGAAAAACAAGGCCAUUAGUGAGUAUGCACUUCAUGUGGAGAAAGAUUGCAAGACAAGACAAGCUUCCCUUAACCAUAAGCCUAUGGAAACAAACAAGCAUAACAAAGACAUUUCCAACAAAUUUGAGAAACAUGCUGAUGUUUUGGAGUUAUUUAGAGUGGAGAAGGAUUUAUUACUCAAAUUUCUACGAGACAUAGACUUUGGUGGGAAAAAACUCCAUCACAACAAAGCAAGAUUGACAAAAUCUGGGUCAUUUCCUUUAGCCUCAACUUCACAGAUGAAAAACAUUAGCUCUAGGUCCUUAAAACACAAGCAAAACGAAAUUUGGGCCUUUCCGAAGGGAGAAAAGUUGGCCGCUGGUACUCAAGCAUCAAACAUGUUAGUGUCCAAUUUUGUGAAAGAUAUUUCUUAUGAGAAGCCAAUGCCUUUAGUGAGUGAUAUUGGUGCGGAUAGUGGCACGAAACAAAAACCAAUAAUUUCCUCAAGGUCUUCUCAAGGAUCAAAUCACAAAGGGUGGAAUCAGUUGGUUCUUCAUCAAUUCAAAGUUAUAAAACAGAAGAUAAAGCAUGCUCUUGUGGAAUUCAGAAAAAGUAGUUACCAAACUUCUGCCGAAGCAAUCCGCCGCAGAGCUUCGCCUGAAUAUAGCAUCAUCAAUAACGAGGAAGAGAUCUCACAAAGCUUAGAUCAUGGCGUGGUUCAAAAAUACAAAAUGAAUAAAAUCUCAAAUGAAACUAAAGCUUCUGAUCAUGAUUCCAACAAGCAUGAUGCUCGCCUUAUACGAAGAACAUCCUCUCUAAAUUUAUCGUUGGAUAGAUAUACUGAGUUGUUUGAGAAAAGCUUCAGCAGAGACCCCAAGUGGCAAAACUCAAAGUCUAAAAGCUUGAAAUUGAGAAACGAGGAUAAGAUCCACAAGAGUGGCAAUGUUCCUAAGUUUUCUAGAAGCAAUUUAUCUAUGCCUAGUCUCGAGACUCUAGGCUUCAUUCUUCAAGACGCACUUUUUGAUACAAAUGAUAUAACAGUGGAAACUCAUAAACAAGCUCAUAGAAAAUCAGUGAGUCUUCCUUUGAAGAUAGACAAGUCAUUUGAUCGUUUCAAAGAGGCUGAAAUUGUGGAAACAGUAGAAGGGAGUGGCAGAGAUGCAUAUCCCAGUAUUUUAUCUGAUAAGAUUAUGGAGAAAAUUGAUGAAGUAGUUACCAGUGACCAAAAGGAGGACAUGCAUGAGCCAGCAGCGGGAGAUGAAAGUUUUCCCCAAGAAAAAGAGGAAAUGAGUAAUAUGACUACCUAUCUUGACAAGGAGGUAAUGGCCUCUCUUGAAACUAGCUAUGAGGACAAUAUAACCAGCCAUGCAGAAGGUACACAAUUGAAAACCUUAGGCUCUACGUUGGACGAAGUGGAGACUGGUUUGUCAUAUAAAGGAAGUGCUAGUGUAACAGCUGAAGUCACAGACAACUCUUCCAAUUUCAAAUAUGUGAAAAAUGUUCUUGAAUUUUCCGGCUACUUGGGAAACGAGGACAUUAUGAGAUACACAGUAGACCAGCCACUAAAGCCCUCCUUAUUCAAAGAUUUGGAUGCAACUUUGGUCCAUGAAAUUGAACCAUCUGAAGAAGAGACAAUCAACCCUUAUGAUCACCAGCUCCUCUUUAACUUGGUUAACGAGGUGCUGCUUGAAAUAUAUGGCAGAUCACCAACUUACUUCCCAAGACCAUUCUCUUUCAACCCUCGCCUCCAUCCAAUGCCUAAAGGGCACUACCUUAUGAAUGAAGUAUGGAAUAGUGUUAAUUCAUACCUGAUCUUGAGACCUGAGCUAGACCAAACAUUAGAGGAUGUUGUGGGUCGUGAUUUGGCAAAAAGUGACUGGAUGAUCCGUCAAGAGGAAGAGGAGUAUGUAGCGCUUGAACUAGAGGAGAUGAUCAUGGAAGAUUUGUUAGAUGAAUUUAUCUUCUCAUGAAGUUUGCUUGAUUAGUUAUUCCAUAGAUUUUUUUUUUGGAAAUUCUUAAGAGGAGAAAACAAGCUUGGCUCCUAUUUUGUUCGGGCACAGCAAGAACUAGAAGCACACAUGUCAUACAGCACUAUCAAAACCAAUAGCCAUUCAAUGCUACAGAACGUUAGCAAUAACAAUAACAUGCUGUAGUGUAGAAUGCUAGAAUGUGGAUUCCAGUGUGUUUCAACUCCAUGUCGACUCUUUCCUGCGGAAUACGACAAUUCAUAUGUAUAUUGUUCAAAAAAUAUGUCAUGUAAAGUUGCUCGAGGAGUUUUGGUGCACGGCGUGAUUGAUUUUUAAUGUAAAUAACAUAUAUGAGUGAACGUGUUUUUGCUUGAGACUUUAUUUCCCUAUACUGGUAGAGUAAUUGAUGACAAAUUAAUUUCUA